AGGCAGGAGGAGGAGGAGGAAGGAGGCUGGGAGGAGGAGCCGCUGCCUCCGCGUCAGAGAAGCCUCGCACUGCCCAAUGGCUCAGACCCCAGCGUGAGCUGCUAGCAGAGGAGCGAAGCCGCGGACCAACGGCGGGACUGGCAGGGGAGCUUUUCGUUCUGGGCUGUGCGGAACAGGCGCAACCAUGUCGGAGAAAGAAACCGGGAGCGAUGCGGGGCCCCGAGAGACAGCCCCUACAUCAACAUACUCAUCUCCUGCAAGAAGUCUGGGAGAUACAGGGAUAACACCACUAUCUCCUUCCCAUAUUGUGAAUGACUCAGAUGCAAACGUCUCUGAAGAGCAGUCAUUUCUCGUGGUCGUUGCUAUCGAUUUUGGCACUACGUCCAGUGGCUAUGCCUACAGCUUCACAAAGGAGCCAGAAUGCAUUCAUGUCAUGAGGCGAUGGGAAGGUGGAGAUCCUGGUGUGUCUAAUCAGAAAACACCAACUACAAUUUUAUUGACUCCAGAGAGGAAAUUUCAUAGCUUUGGCUAUGCAGCCAGAGAUUUUUACCAUGAUCUGGACCCAACUGAAGCCAAGCAAUGGCUUUACUUGGAAAAAUUCAAAAUGAAACUGCAUACCACUGGUAAUCUCACCAUGGAGACAGAACUGACAGCAGCAAAUGGGAAGAAAAUCAAAGCACUUGAAAUCUUUGCUUAUGCCCUACAGUACUUUAAGGAACAAGCACUGAAGGAGCUGAGUGAUCAAGCGGGCUCUGAGUUUGAAAAUUCUGAUGUCAGAUGGGUCAUCACAGUUCCUGCUAUUUGGAAACAGCCUGCCAAGCAGUUCAUGAGACAGGCUGCCUACCAGGCAGGGAUGGCCACCCCUGAAAACUCAGAACAGCUAAUAAUUGCCCUGGAACCUGAAGCAGCCUCCAUCUACUGCAGGAAACUUCGCCUCCACCAGAUGAUAGACCUGAGCAGCAAAGCAGCUGUCAAUGGUUACACCUCCAGUGACACUGUAGGAGCUGGGUUUGCACAGGCUAAGGAACACAUCCGUCGUAAUCGGCAGAGUCGGACCUUUAUGGUGGAAAAUGUCAUAGGAGAGAUCUGGUCUGAAUUGGAGGAAGGUGACAGGUAUGUGGUUGUGGACAGUGGAGGAGGCACAGUGGAUCUCACUGUCCAUCAGAUCAGAUUACCUGAGGGACACCUUAAAGAAUUGUACAAGUCAACAGGUGGACCAUAUGGUUCCUUGGGAGUAGAUUAUGAAUUUGAAAAGCUUCUGUGUAAAAUAUUUGGAGAAGAUUUUAUUGAACAAUUUAAAAUUAAACGUCCAGCAGCCUGGGUAGACUUAAUGAUUGCUUUUGAGUCCCGCAAACGGGCUGCUGCCCCAGACAGAACCAAUCCCCUAAAUAUCAACCUGCCUUUCUCCUUCAUUGACUACUAUAAGAAGUUUCGAGGUCACAGUGUGGAACAUGCCUUGAGAAAAAGCAAUGUAGACUUUGUGAAAUGGUCAUCCCAGGGAAUGCUAAGGAUGAGCCCAGAUGCAAUGAAUGCCCUUUUUAAACCAACAAUUGACAACAUCAUCGAUCAUCUCCGGGACCUGUUUGAGAAGCCUGAGGUGACAGAUGUCAAAUUUCUCUUCCUGGUGGGUGGCUUUGCAGAGGCUCCUCUCCUGCAGCAGGCAGUCCAGUCAGCCUUUGGGAACAAGUGCAGAAUCAUCAUUCCUCAGGAUGUGGGGCUCACCAUCCUCAAAGGAGCGGUCCUGUUUGGGCUGGACCCUGCUGUCAUAAAGGUGCGGCGCUCGCCUCUGACCUACGGGGUAGGAGUCCUAAACCGAUACGUGGAAGGGAAGCACCCACCAGACAAACUGCUGGUCAAAGACGGCACUCGAUGGUGCACCGAUGUCUUCGAUAAAUUCAUUUCAGCAGAUCAGUCUGUGGCCCUCGGGGAAACCGUGAAACGUAGCUAUACCCCUGCCAAGCCCUCCCAGAUGCUCAUCGUGAUCAACAUCUAUAGUGCUGAACAAGACAACGUCAACUUCAUCACCGAUCCCGGGGUGAAGAAGUGUGGCACUCUCCGCCUGGAUCUCACCGGGACCAGCGAUACCCCGCUGCCCACUCGGAGGGAGAUCCAAACAUUCAUGCAGUUUGGGGACACUGAAAUCAAAGCCAUCGCCAUUGAUAUUCCCACCUCUAAGAGUGUCAAAGUUGGGAUAGAUUUCUUAAAUUACUAAUUCUCACCCUUCAUCCCUUCCAUGGCUCGUUUCCUUCCUCCUCCCUCCCCUCACCUUAACUCACUUACCUGCAAUGCUUUGGUUUUGAGGGCUCCAUUCUUUACUUUUCACACUUGCCAUCACACCUUGGCAGGUUGAUGCCUUGAAUUUCAGCAGGAUAGAUGGAAACAGAAAGAACCAAGAGACAUUGGGAAUUUGGAGGGGCGGGCUGAAAUAUGUUUUAGUAAGGAUUUUGCCACCAUAAGAUUGUCAGGAAACGAAGUAUGAUCUAUAGAAGUAAACAAAUUCAGGGAUAGUCAGAGAAGGGCAGCUGCUUCUCACAUAAAUAGAAGUGGUCAAACACUCCUUCAGACAAUGAAAAAGAUUUUUUUUGGCAGCAUUUAUCUUUUAACAGAUCUAAGUUAAGUAGAACUAAAGCACUUUUAUUAUAAUAUUUUUUAGAUUUAAUGAGAUUCCAGAUUCCAAGGGAUACUCUGAUGUCUAUUAUCAUAAAUAUUUGUGAUUUAAAAAAAUGUCUUGAAAGGUAGGUAUUCUCUUUCUUUGUCAUCAUGUUUUUUAAGUGGUGCUUAAUUGGAAGCUUGAAGUGUUUCAUAAUCAAUAAGAAAAGAUUGCCUAUACUGUGCGCUGAUAUUCCAAGUUCAACACAAGAUUUUAAAUUUCAUGUGAACAAAAAGUCUUUAAUUUAACAAACUGUAUAUCAUGGACUCUGCUAAUUCAGAAAUAAUAACAUAGGUGAAGGGAGACCUGAUGUUAAACCCUGUACUAAUUCGGUAUCAAAGCUUGCUCUUAUGUAAAUGGAUGGAGCUGCUAAUAUGCCCAAACAAAAUUCAGAGGUAACACCAGUGAGCUGCUGGUAUCUCUGUCAUACACAACUUGAAUGUUGAUGUUAAAUAACAUCAUAUUAGUAACAUAAGUAACUCAUAUUAGAGUCCUGAUGAAUUUCAGUAGAAAAUACUUAUGAUGUUUCACAGGAUUAAUUAAUCCUAGCACUUUUAAAGUGUGUAACACUUGAUAAAAAAUAAAUUUUGGGGUCUAAACUUUCUCAUGAAAGUGUUGGCCAUUAUUUUCCCUAUUUAGAGAAGGAAUAAAAUAAGUACACAGUAAGCGACAUGUAAGAAUUGAAGCUCUCCUUUGAAAUGUUUCAUCAAGUUCUUUAGUUGAAAAUGUUUUUCUACCUUAUUGAAGGGGGUUUUCUGAAUAUAUACAUGAUGGAUUAAAUUGUAGACUGAAUACAAAGGUGCUGUAUAAAAUAGGCCCCUAGGUCUCUUUUUCUGUGGAGGUUAAAGGCUUUUAGAAGCAGGGUAUACAAAAUUUUAAAAGAAGGGAGGGAGGGAGGGAGGAAAG